AUGAGCUCGGCGCUCAAGGGCCUGCUGCGCCUGAUGGCGCCGCGCCCCGACCACCAGGCGCGCUUCGUCGCCGCCGGCGGCGUCGGGCUGCUGUUUGAGCUCAUGAUGCCCGAGGUCGGCCACCGCCACAGCCGCCUGAUGCAGUCGCUCGCGUCGCUGCUCGCGCUCGCGCUGGCCGGCGGCUGCGGGGACGCGCAGGAGGAGGCGCGCGCGGCGGGCGGCGUCGACGUCCUCGUCGCGGGGCUGGCGUCCAUGGCAGACGGCCGCGCCCCCGGCGGCGACGGCGGCGGCGAGUUUGACGUGUAUCAGAUCAGGUUUUCUCUGCUGAACGCGCUCGCGCUCUGCGUCGCCGGCAGCGACGGCAACAAGGCUGCGCUGCGGGAGCAGGCCGGGUUCGUGCCGCUGGUCGGGCUGCUGCGGCAGCUGCUCGCGCGGCGCGCGGAGGCGGGGGGGCCGGCUGACGUGGAGGAUGAGGAGCACCUGGAGGCUGCCGCGCUGCGCGUGCUGGCCGCCAGCCUGGAGGGGUCCCCGGCGAACCAGGACAUCGUGUGCAAGAUGGGCGUCCCCCCGCUGCUGCUCAGCCUGCUGUGCGGCCCCCGCGCGUGCAGCGAGCCGCCGCAGCUGCGGCUGCUGUCAGCGUCGUGCCUGGGUCUGCUGGUGGAGCGGCAGCCGGCCGCGGCGGAGGCGGCGGUGGCGGCGGGGGCGGUGCACGCGAUUAUGGGGCGGCUGCAGCAGGAACCCGGCGGCGAGGAGGAGCAGGACCUGCUAAAAGCGCUGGCUCGUGUGCUGCGCGGCGGCGGCCCCUCCGGCCGCCGCGCCGCGAUCUCCAUGCGUGCCGUCCCCCUCCUGGUGCGCCUGCUGGCCUGCGCGCCCCCCGGCCCGGAGGCGCAGGCGGCGGCGGACGCGCUGGCCGAGAUCGCGGCAGUUGAUGCAGAGACGCGGUCCCAGAUCGUCCACGCGGGCGGGCUGCAGGCGCUGAUGGAGCGGCUGGAGUCGGACGCGGCCGCGGCGGGCGGCGGCGGCGCGGACGAGCAGCAGCAGCAGCAGCAGCAGCAGCAGCAGCAGCAACAGCAGCAGCAGCAGCAGCAGCGAGGCGCGGGCCAGGCGGCGGGGGCAGCAGGCAGCGACGGCCGGCUGCAAACAGAGUCAGGGGCCGCAAAGCCUCUCGGCACAACCACAAGCAAGCCCGCCGCGCUGCCCGCGCUCGCGGCGGCGAUGGAGGCCGCCCUCACAAAGGCGGCCUGCUUCCGCCUGCUGAGCGCGCUCGCACAAGGCAACAGCUUCGCGAAGAACUCGGCCCGCCAGGCGUCCAUUUUCGAGCUGCUCGCCGCCCUGCUGGCCAGGCUUCAGCCCGAAGUCGAGGGCGAGGCGGCGCGCGACGCGGCGUCCGCGGCAGCCGCCGAGCAGCUGGCCGCGCAGCUGCAGCAGGCGCACCACGGGCGCGCGCUCUCGCGCGGCGGCGGCGGCGGCGGCGGCGGCGGCGGCGGCGGCGGCGGCGGCUCGUUGGGGCGCCACAGGCGGGUGCCUUCUGACCUGGAGGAAGGGCCGUCGCCCGCGCAGCAGCGGCAGCAGCGCCGCGACGCGCGCCGCGCCGCGGCGGCCACGGCGGCGCUGCGGCGCGCGGAGCUCGAGCUCUGCGCCUCCGCGGCGCAGUGCUGCGCGGACAUUUGUCGCGGAAACCAUGCGAAUCAGGACAGCAUGGGCGCGGGGGGGCUGAUCGAGCGGGCGGCGGCGCUUCUUGCGGCGGUGGUGGGGGCCGGGCUCGACGCCGCUGCGCGCGCGGCACCGCUGGUCGGCGGCUUGUGUGACGCGCUCGCCGCGGCGGCCGAGUUCCAUGCCGCGAAUAAGGUCCUCGCGCGCGAAACGGGCGCGGCGGACGCGGUCGCGCGGCUGCUGCUGCUGGCAGGCGGGGCGGGCGCGGCGGAGCUGCGGCGGCCGGGGGUUGCGGGCGCGCUGGCGGCGGGGUGCGGCGCUGUGCUGUCGCUGGUGCAGGACUGCGAGGAGAACCAGCGCGUGUUCGCGCGCCACAGCGACGGCGCCUUUGUGCCGGCGCUGUUCCGCCUGAUGGCCGCGGGCGAUGCGCACCUCGCGACGCAGGCCGCAAA